GCAGCAGCAGCAGCCACAGACAGCAGCAGCCCUGGGUCCCGCGGCGCCACUCGCCCCGCCGCCUCCCGCACUGCCUGACCUGGCCGGCGAGCCCGCCCGCCGCCAGCGCCCUCGGUCGUCCUCUGACUCGCCCUCGGCCUUGCGCGCCAGCCGCAGCCCGAGCCGCAACGCCACCCGCAGUCUGAGCCCCGGCCGCCGGCGCAGCCCCAGCUCGCUCCGUCGCCGCUGCUGUUCGUCCCAGCACCGGCUCCGCACCGACACGCUGGAGGUGGGGAUGCUCCUGUCUAAGAUCAACUCCCUGGCCCACCUGCGCGCCGCGCCCUGCAACGACCUGCACGCUACCAAGCUGGCGCCGGGCAAAGAGAAGGAGCCCCUGGAGUCGCAGUACCAGGUGGGCCCGCUGUUGGGCAGCGGUGGCUUUGGCUCUGUCUACUCGGGCAUCCGCGUCGCCGACAACUUGCCGGUGGCCAUCAAGCACGUGGAGAAGGACCGGAUUUCCGACUGGGGAGAAUUGCCCAAUGGCACCCGAGUGCCCAUGGAAGUGGUCCUGCUGAAGAAGGUGAGCUGCGGCUUCUCGGGCGUCAUUAGACUUCUGGAUUGGUUCGAGAGGCCCGAUAGUUUCGUGCUGAUUCUGGAGAGGCCCGAGCCGGUACAAGACCUCUUCGACUUUAUCACCGAACGGGGAGCCCUUCAGGAGGAGCUGGCUCGAAGCUUCUUCUGGCAGGUGCUGGAGGCCGUGCGGCAUUGCCACAACUGCGGGGUUCUCCACCGCGACAUCAAGGACGAGAACAUCCUCAUCGACCUGAACCGCGGCGAGCUCAAACUCAUCGACUUCGGGUCGGGGGCGCUGCUCAAGGACACAGUCUACACGGACUUCGAUGGAACCCGAGUGUACAGUCCUCCAGAGUGGAUUCGCUAUCAUCGCUACCAUGGCAGGUCGGCAGCCGUCUGGUCCCUGGGGAUUCUGCUCUACGAUAUGGUCUGCGGAGAUAUUCCCUUUGAGCAUGACGAAGAGAUCAUCAAGGGUCAAGUGUUCUUCAGGCAAAGGGUCUCUUCAGAGUGCCAGCAUCUCAUCAGAUGGUGUCUGGCCCUGAGACCUUCAGAUCGGCCAUCCUUCGAAGAAAUUCAGAACCAUCCAUGGAUGCAGGAUGUCCUCCUACCCCAGGCAACCGCCGAGAUUCACCUGCGCAGCCUGUCGCCAGCGCCCAGCAAAUAGCAGCCUUUCUAUCAGACACUCUGGGCGGGACAGCUGUCUCUGGCUUCCAGGACCCUGCUUCAUGCAGGGACAGCAAUGACAACUCAUUCCAGACUCCAGGUUCCUGGAGCAGCCUCCCACGGGGGAAAGAGAUGCUACUUCAUUUCCCAGGCCCCCAUGCCCUCCCAUAGACACUCUCACAGUGUCGAGUUUUGCUGGGCUCUGCAGAAUCUUAGGGUGGGGGGUGGGAGUGGGUCAGAACCCUGCCAUAGACCUUUAGUGACCUGGAGACUUCGGGUCACCAGGAUGGGCUAGGGUAGGGGAAAAAUAUGCGGGGAUGGGAUUUAAAAAACAAAACAAAAACUAGCACCAUAUAUUUAAGUCCCUGUCACCUCUUCCAACUCCUCUGAGUGCCUUCUGUGGGGACUCCGGCUGUGCUGGGAGAAAUACUUGAACUUGCCUCUUACCUGCUGCUUCUCCAAGAAUCUGCCUGGGUUUGGUUCCCUACUCUUCCCUGUUCCCCUCCCCCCACUUCCUGUGAAAGGUGCCGUGGAAGAGGCUGCAGGGCCAACUGCUGAGCCACCUGCCCUUUUUCUGCCUCCUUUAGUAAAACUCCCAAGUGAACUGGUCUUCCUUUUUGGUUUCUACUUAACUGUUUCAAAGCCAAGACCUCACACAGAAUGCACAACCAAUGCAACAACCAGACAAGCUGUAAAUGUCUGUACAGUCGGCAUGGUAGCCUGUGAAAGGAUUGUAGUUGAUGCAAUUUAAGAAAAAAAAUGCCUUUAAGUUAUAUUUGUUGUUGGGGUUUUUUGUUUUGUUUCUGAAAGAUGGCAGUUCUGGCCUGGAAGUCAAUGUUAAUGUAUUUAUUUAUUUAUUUAUUUGGUUCCCUUCCUGUUCCAAGCUUCCACUGGCUAUUGCCUAGGGCUUUAUUGUCAUGAUCUGUUUUCUUUUAUUUUUUUCCCUCUUGACUUGGGGACCUUUUGGGGAGGGCUGCAAUGCUUGCUGGGGUGAAGGGACUCCGGUGGGACAGCUGCUGUCGUCCCUUCUGUGGGGGGGGCCCUUGCCUGCUUACUGGAGUGGGUCUGGGCUCUGUCUGGGAAGGGGCAUUGCUGACUGUACAUAGAAAGGCAGUUCCGGCCGGCAUGAUGUGCCUCCCGGAUCCUGUUUGAGCAGCGUGUAGCCUGCUGGUUUUAUCUGAGUGAAAUACUGUACAGGGGAAAAGAGAUCUUAUUUUUUUUUUUAUACUUGGCAUUUUUUGAAUAAAAACCUUUUGUCUUAA